GGCCAUUGCUCCAAGAUGGCGGCGGCGGCGGCGGCGGCGGCGGCGGCAGCGGCGGCAGGGCAGAUGCCCCAAGGUGAAACCACUCUUCUUGAUCACCCUCAGCCUGAAACCUAGGGAGGAUGCCCUGGACGCCCCCGCUAGGGUCUGACGUCAGGCCCCAUGCGGCUCACUCGCUGCUGGGCUGCCCUGGCAGCCGCCAUCAUCCUCAACCUCCUGGUCUUCUUCUAUGUGUCAUGGCUACAACACCAGCCCAGAAACGCCCGGGCCCGGGGUCCCCGCCGGACUUCUGCCAUUGGUCCCCGAGUCACCGUCCUAAUUCGGGAAUUUGAGGCUUUUGACAACGCGGUGCCAGAGCUAGUGGAUUCCUUCCUGCAGCAGGACCCAGGCCAGCCCGUGGUAGUGGUGGCCGACACACUCCCUUACCCACCCCUGGCCUUGCCUCGCAUCCCCAACGUUCGCCUGGCCCUGCUCCAGCCAGCCCUGGACCGGCCAGCGGCGGCCUCGCGCCCGGAGACCUAUGUAGCCACCGAGUUUGUGGCCCUAGUGCCUGAUGGGGCGCGGGCCGAAUCACCAGGCCACCUGGAGCGAAUGGUGGAGGCGCUCCGGGGGAGCAGCGCGCGCCUGGUGGCCGCCCCUGUCGCCACCGCCAACCCAGCGCGGUGCCUAGCACUGAAUGUCAGCCUGCGGGAGUGGACUGCGCGCUAUGGUCCAGCGCCCAGCGCGCUCCGCUGCGACGCUUUAGAUGGCGACGCCGUGCUGCUGCUGCGCUCCCGCGACCUCUUCAACCUUUCAGUGCCCCUGGCGCGGCCGCUGUCCACCAGCCUCUUCCUACAGACCGCCCUGCGUGGCUGGGCGGUGCAGCUCCUGGACUUGACCUUCGCCGCAGCGCACCAGCCCCCGCUGGCCACCGCCCACGCGCGCUGGAAGGCGGACCGCGAGGGGCGCACACGGAGGGCGGCGCUGCUGCGCUCGCUGGGUAUCCGCCUGGUGAGCUGGGAAGGCGGGCGGCUCGAGUGGUUUGGCUGCAGCAAGGAGAGCGCGCGCUGCUUCGGUACAGUGGCGGGCGACACACCCGCCUACCUGUACGAGGGCCGCUGGACACCACCUUGCUGCCUGCGCGCGCUGCGCGAGACUGCGCGCUACGUGGUGGGCGUGCUGGAGGCGGCGGGCGUGCGCUACUGGUUGGAGGGCGGCUCCCUGCUGGGUGCAGCCCGCCAUGGUGACAUCAUCCCUUGGGACUAUGAUGUGGAUCUGGGCAUCUACCUGGAGGACGUGGGCAACUGCGAGCAGUUGCGAGGCGCCGAGGCUGGCUCCGUAGUGGAUGAACGCGGCUUCGUGUGGGAGAAGGCAGUGGAGGGCGACUUCUUCCGAGUGCAGUACAGCGAGAGCAACCACCUGCACGUGGACCUGUGGCCCUUCUACCCCCGCAAUGGGGUCAUGACCAAGGACACUUGGCUGGACCACCGUCAGGAUGUUGAGUUCCCAGAGCACUUCCUGCAGCCCCUGGUCCCCCUGCCCUUUGCGGGUUUCAUGGCACAGGCCCCUAACAACUACCGCCGCUUCCUGGAGCUCAAGUUUGGGCCUGGGGUCAUCGAGAACCCGGAGUACCCCAACCCUGCACUCUUAAGCUUGACAGGCGGCUGAAGCUCGGGUACCCACUUCUGGGGCUAGGUGAACAGCAGGGUACAGGAGUCUGUUCUUUGCCUUGGGUUCUGCAUGGAUCUGAACCAGUUUGUGACUGGGCAGUGGGGCUGUGCACUGGAGGGAAAAAAAAAGGGUGAACUAGCCAAGGAAGAUUGGAGGGAGCACAAGACAAGUCCAGCUUUGGCAGGAAGCAGAACCUAAAGACUGGAGCAACACUUAGGUUCUUAAGCCUCGAGACGGAGCCCUCCUAGUCCAGCCUCACGAGGGAACAACAUGGCGGCAUUUGAUGGAAAAGCCCAGUGAUUUGAGUCCAGUCUUUAGGGUUCUGCAUAGUCUCUGCCCUAGCCCUGGGAAAGUGAGGUCUGGAGAACAGACCAGCCAGCCUCAGUCUACCACAUACAACUUAGGCAUCCCUGGACCAGUUAGUUACCCAGUCUCUGUUUCACUUGAGAUACUGACUGCAUCCAUUGGUGUUUAGAAUCCUCAGGACUCUUAGCUCUAGUGCUUGCUGUUUCCACUAGAGGGCGCCUCUGUGCCACUUCUUUUAAUGUUUGAUGACCGCUGUCGGUGGCUCUGCUUCCUCGCCUUCAUCUCUGGUUUUCCUGGGAGUGGCUCUGGGAGGUGGGACAGCACUGGCCACCUCCUCUCUUCCCUGAAUAUUGGCACUUUUCUUUGAGAGUGCUGCUUGAUGUAUCUGCUGCUUCUAACCCCAUCUUGCUCUUGGAAGACUGGCUGGGCUCUGGUUUGGGAUCUGCCAAUGUAUUUAUUACCUCUUUCUUUCAGUCCGCUGCGCCUGUUCACCAGCCCCACCCCCACCUUCCGGGAAGGGACGAGCCUUCUCCACAGCUCACUUUUACGAAGAGUUUGCUGUCACACAGGAGUGACAGCUGCCAUUACAUCCAUUUUCCGGGGAGGAAAACUGAGGCCAAAAUGACGGUUACUUGCCAAUAAUCAGAUAGUUUAGGGGACUUGAAUUCAGGUCGCCGUUUCAAGGCCCACAGUUCGUUUCCUCUUUAGGUCGCGCUGUAGAAAUAGUACCCAAGUGGAGCCUUGCAGUGGCUGUGCCACUUAAACGGGUUUUUUAAAAUUCUCAUUUAAUUAUGCAUAUAAAUUAUGUUCAAACUGCUAGUACCAGUCUGUAUAUUGUUAAAUAAGGCUUAAAUUAUGCUCCUUUAAAGUUUAAAAAUUCAAGAUAAAUAGA